UUCUCUUAAUUAUCUCGCUUAAUCAGUUAUCAAAUAAAAAAUAAAAAUGAAGAGCUCUAUGGAGUUUAUCUCUACACUCUUCUUCCUAGUCCUACUUGGUGUGAUGAAGAUGGUUGAAGGAAAACCCUUACUGUGCGAAGCCCAAAGCAUCAACUUCAGGGGAUUUUGUGUGAAAUGGAGGACUUGCAAGAGAGUGUGUAUCAGCGAAGGUUUCCCUGAUGGUCAAUGCGAAGGAUUCUUAAUCUUCAGCAACAAAUGUAUGUGCAGGAAGCCUUGUGCUCUUUAAUUCUGCCCGCUGGUUUAAAAAUUGCUAAUCGCUAAUUGGGCAGUGAGGAUUGAUCUAGCGCCUAGCGAAUAAAUCGGAGAUUAU